AUGGGAUCCUCACUUCAAAUAUUGCACAAAAAUGUACCGAAGUUAACUCGUAAUGAAGGAGUCGGCGAAGUGAGUGAGGAUGUGCUCGUGGGGGACAUGAAAAAAGGAUCUCCGAAGAAGGACGAGCAGAGAAAUGGGAUAAGGCGUGAGGAUGACUCGGGGGAUCCUAUUGAUUCCUCUCGGCAUCCGACGUCACCGUCGUUGUCGGUGUCGUCUCAUUCACCAAACGUGACGGCGAGGAUCAAGGUGCAGGACGUGAACGAACACGCCCCGGAAUUCACGCAGGCCUCCUACAAGGUGGAGGCGGAAGAAGGAAGACUGUACCCAGAGCUCCUGACAGUGACUGCUGCCGACAGCGACUGUUCUCCCAAGUUUGGUGACGUCUGCAAGUACGAGAUCCUCAACGACGAUGCCCCCUUCAUCAUCAACAGCGAGGGUAUUUUGAAGAACACAGAGCCAUUGAACUACGAGCGAAGCCACAACCACAUCCUGAGUGUCGUCGCUUAUGACUGUGGAAUGCGUCGAUCUGAACCAGUUAUGGUCAAUAUCAAAGUCAACCGUGUUUGUCACAUUGGAUGGAAAGCCGGUGGCAUUUCGGGGGAUAGUGAUUCAAAACUCGGCUACGAAUGCAUGUGA